GUUUCUUACGUUUGGAUGAGAAAGGUCGAUUCGAGAUUGGUAAAGAAGAAAUAAAAGUACAAAAAGUAAACGUCGCUAACAACGGAGGCAGAAAAGAUUUUGUUUAAAAAUAACAAAAGAGAGAAGUGAGAAAGAAGUGUUCAAUCAACAACAACGACGGAGACCUACCGCAGCAGAAGCACACACACAGAAUUUUUACUCGAGGAACAAAAACAAAUAAGAGAAAAUUUGUGUUCUCGCCGUUGGCUGCGCGAUUAGUGAUAAAUUUUUGUUAUUUAUAUUGAAUUUAUUUUCUUUUUGUUGUAUUUGAGAAAAAAGCUGAAGAAAUGUUUUCCAUACGGCGAAGAUAUGACAACAAAUAAAAAAUGGGCGUUUUAAACGCCCAUUUAAAGUUAAAGAGAAAUUAUAUAAAUGCGCUAAUAAGCAGGAAUCAAGAAGAGAACAAAUUAUAUACACUCCAGAUCUUUUUUUGAUUAAGGAGAAAUUUAAUUUUUUUGGAAAAAAAUUUCAAAGUUUUCAAAGCACUUUUUAACGGUCACAGGAGGAGAACAAAAAUUAACACAACUUUAGCAUCACAUAUUUGCUGUAGGCGACUUAUAAACACACAAAACCCUUUUGUUGGGAUUGCUUUGGACGACCGGGCUUUCUAAAACGCCUGCGUUUUUCCUUAUUCUUAAGAGUGCAUUUAGUUGUGUUUAGUUGUGUGCGUGUAAAUUACGACGACCAAAAGCCACAAACAACAAGUGGUGUGAAAAUGACAAUUAUCUUAUUUUUGGUCGACACAUCGUCGUCCAUGUGCCAAAAAGCCUAUGUAAAUGGCGUACAAAAAACAUAUCUGGAUAUAGCCAAGGGCGCCGUGGAAACUUUUCUCAAAUACCGCCAGCGCACACAAGACUGUCUGGGCGAUCGUUAUAUGUUGCUAACAUUCGAAGAACCACCUGCCAAUGUUAAGGCCGGCUGGAAGGAGAAUCAUGCCACAUUCAUGAAUGAACUGAAAAAUCUCCAAUCAACGGGUCUGACAUCAAUGGGCGAAUCGUUGAAGAAUGCCUUUGAUUUGCUGAAUUUAAAUCGUAUGCAAUCUGGUAUUGACACGUAUGGUCAGGGUAGAUGCCCCUUCUAUUUGGAACCUUCGGUCAUUAUUGUCAUCACCGAUGGUGGACGUUACUCGAAUCGUAAUGUUGUACAUCAGGACAUCAUACUGCCACUGAAUACCCAAAUACCGGGCACAAAAUUCACCAAGGAACCGUUUCGAUGGGAUCAGCGUUUGUUUUCACUGGUUCUGCGUAUGUCCGGCAAUCGUAUGGAUGAACGUGUCGAGGGUAAAGUGCCUCAUGAUGAUUCACCGAUAGAGAGAAUGUGUGAAGUGACGGGCGGUCGUUCAUAUCGAGUCCGUUCGCACUAUGUACUAAAUCAAUGUAUUGAGAGCCUGGUGCAGAAAGUACAGCCAGGUGUGGUGCUGCAGUUUGAACCACUCAUACCCAAAGAUCCCAAUAAUAUGCCAAAUGAGGCAUUACAGGAUUUGGUAUUUCAACCGCUGAAGAAAAUGAUCUAUGUCCAAAAACACAUUAGUCAAAAAACGUUUCCCAUUGGCUAUUGGCCCUUACCCGAACCGUAUUGGCCGGAUCCCAAGGCGCCGACAUUACCGCCACGUGAUGCCCAUCCCAAACUAAAAGUGGUGACUCCGGCCGUGGACGAGCCGCAGACUGUACAUAAUUUCCCCGUGGAUAAAUAUGAAAUUGAAGCUAGUCCGCUGACGCUGCAAAUCUUGCAAAAGAGGGAAAUGAAGAAAUGCUGGCAGGUCAUCAUCUCAAACGGAAUGCAUGGUUUCGAAUUACCAUUUGGGUAUCUCAAGGCCUCCUCCACCUCGUCACAAGUGCAUCUCUAUGUAUUGGCCUACAAUUAUCCUGCACUGUUGCCUCUGCUCCACGAUCUGAUUCACAAAUACAAUAUGAGUCCUCCCAAUGACCUAAUGUACAAAUUUAAUGCCUACGUCAGAUCCAUUCCUCCUUACUAUUGUCCAUUUCUGCGUAAAGCUUUACUCAACAUAUUGGUACCAUACCAACUGUUGCAAUUUCUGUUGCCCGACAAUGUUGACAACUAUUUGUCGCCGAAUAUAGCCAAUCAAUUGAAACACAUCAAGAACACGGCGAAACAAGACCAGGAAAAUCUUUGCAUGAAGGUCUACAAACAGCUGAAACAACCAAAACCUCCCUACCGCCAGGUCGAAACGGCCAAACUGAAUCCUGGUGUACCACUGAGAAGGGAUCUGGUUAGACAUCCGCUACUACGGGACAGCUUUGCCAAGUUGCACUCGGAGAUAGAACCUUUGGAAAAUUACACAGUUGUGGUGCCCCAGCUAACCAGGCAGCAAUCGGCGAAGUCAUAUCGCAAUCCAUUUGAUAUACCAAGGCGGGAUAUAAUUGAAGAGAUCGGACGCAUGCGCGAGGCAUUUAUGCGUCCGCAACCGGUCAGUUUGGUGGCUAAGGAUUCGGGCCACUGCUUGCCUAUUGCCGAAAUGGGUAAUUACCAGGAGUAUUUGAAGAACAAGGACAAUCCCUUGCGUGAAAUAGAACCCACCAAUGUGAGGCAGCACAUGUUUGGAAAUCCCUACAAAAAGGAUAAGCAUAUGGUUAUGGUCGAUGAAGCCGAUUUGGGUGAUGUGGCAGCGCCCAUGAAGGGCAAUGGAGCGGGGACUUCGGGUGUGCCGGGCGUUAGUGGAGUAGGUGGUGCUCCCGGCAAAAAAUUGGACUCUUCAAGGGUACGAAAACGUAAGGCUGGUCCCAUACGCAUGGAUUAUGUAUUUCGGCGCACAUCGACAGACUCCCGUCCCCGCACUCCCACACCCUCCUGUUCUGGUGUCUCUCCGGGUUCCUCCUCCGGAAUGUCCAGCUCCGCUAUGUCAUCAAAUGCUUCAUCAGUAUCUUCCCUAUCAGAUUUGGAAUCAAUGGACUCCGAUUCGGAUGCUUCAUCGAUGUCGUCUGGCAUGUCAGAAGAUGGCGAUCCCGACCGCUUGGUGGUGGCCUUUCCCGACUUUCCCGAUGAAGAAGCCACCGAACCCGAAUUUUUCAAUGGGUAUGUACGAGAUUUCAUCAAUGGCGUUGGAGUUGAAAGUAGCUGUGAUAAUCCCCAAAAUAAUGAUUCUCUAAAUCCUGCGGGUUCCUUACUAAAUGCCGCCGGCACAGUACCAACAACACAACUGGUGAAUGGCCAGCUGGGUGGUGUUGUGCCACCAAAUAUGAGUCCACAUUCAUCGCAUAUGUCAUUGCCAACGGUGGUGGUAUCGCAGCCGAUAAGUCAUCAGCAGCCUCCACAAUCUCCUGCCUCUUCCCCACAUCCGUAUAUGACCAAUUAUGCAGCAGCUUUGGGACCACAUGAACCCAGUACCCCACCACCACCUGCACCCACGAUACUGGGACAACCGUCUCACUUGGCGGCCGUGCAUUCGAUACCAUUAAAUGGUAAUAUUUAUGGAAUGCCUAACAGUCUACCUAUGACGUCCCCGUCGUCUUCAACAAAUGGAGGCAUACUGGCAACUAGUCCUUCGGUCAGUCCGUAUUCAUCAGCGCUACCGCAUGUAAUGCCCGCCCAAGCAUCAACCAUUCAAACGUUGCCACAAACAUUGCCUGGCAACAGCAGUGGUGUGCAUCAUCCCGUCUCCCAAUCUGCUGUUGUUCAAGCAACAGCAGGUGUUAGUCAUCAUUUGCACGAUAUUAACGAUGCCCAAGAAAUUUCCAGAAUACUGCAACAGUGUCAUAAUGGCAACUCUGCGUCAUCGUUGCCCGUGACAUCAACCACGGGUGCAGUCAGCGCAUCUGUAGAUUCAAGCACAGCUGUCGAUAGUUCAAAAUUAGAUAAUGAAACGGCGUUAAUGCCGCCUCCCACAUCGGUCACUCCCUUAAGUUCCUUUUUGGCUAGCAGUAAUUUCGAUUCUUUAAAAAGAGAAGCGGCGGCGGCAAAUGGCAACACCUCUGCCACAUCUGUCAAUUCACAUACAUUCUCAAAUCAUGUUAAUCAUUCGUCGACGACAACGGCAGUAUCGCUGGCCCCACUGCCUCUCACCGACGAGCAGAAGGAGCAAGCCCGAAAACACAAUAUGGAUUUGCGGGCCCAAGUAUUCCGUGAUAUUCGCCGGCCCGGUCGGAAUUAUUCACAGCUAUUGGAGCAUUUGAAUUUGAUCAAGGGUGACGAUGAUAUGAAAUCAAAAUUCAUACAAAUGUGCAUUACAGAAUCGUUGCGUUUCCGGCGCAAACAAAUGGUGAACAGCAUACAAGAAUGGUGGGAUAAAAAACAACAAUUACCGGCAACCAGUUAACAAUUAUUGAAUAUACAUAUAUAGACUAUUAGUGCAGGUGGUGACGAUGAUCGGAUAAAAUAGAGGUGGAGGAGUAGGGAUGAUGUGUUGGGUAAUGAUUAAAGACAAACGAAAAUGAAAGACGUGUUAUAUACAUAUGUAUGAAAUACUAUAUAACCUCAGUAUCUUUUUUCUAUAUGCACCACCAUUCUUCAUUUUUUACAACAACAAAAUCUAUUAACAUCUCUUCUCCAUGUGGAUUAUAUAUCGAGAUCCGAACAAAUUUUUGUAAUAUAUUAUUAUUUUCUUCUUAUUAAACAAAAACCGAAAAGGACAGGAGAACGAACGCGGAAUCACUUGUUAUUUAUUGACAAACUCUUAAAAUAGGAAAUUUUAAUUGAAAUUUAAAUAACGAUAUCCUUGUUAUUUUAUGUUACAUUAUCCAUAUAUCAAAUAUCACACGUCUGGCCUCAGCGAAUUGUAUUCUAUUUCAUUUACUAAACGCUUAAUAUUUAUAUAUAUUGUGAAUCUACCUUACAUAUACAAAUACGCAUACAAAACCAAUUUAAAAAUUUUAAGCAAAAAUAAAAUUUAAUUUUAAAUCAUUUUUCUUUUUGGUUCAAAUUGCAGACUA